AUGGAAAUUGAAGCAAGUAGUUUAAUGAGAGUUGUGGUGUUGAUGAUGGUUGGGGUUGUCAUGGGUCGAUAUUUAGACCCUACCCCAGAAAACUCACCCCCUCCACCUCCCUUUGACCUUACCCUAGAAAACUCUCCCCCUCCACCUUCCUUUGAGCCUACCCAAGAAAGCGCUCCCCCUCCAUCUCCCUUUGGCCCUACCCUUGAAAACUCACCCCCUCCACCGCCCUAUGCCCUUGGCCUUGAAAACUCACCCCCUCCACCGCCCUUUGGCUCUAACCUAGAAAACUCACCCCCUCCACCACCUCCCUUUGGCCCUAGCCUUCAAAACUCACCCCCUCCACCUCCCUUUGGCCUUACCCUUCAAAACUCACCCCCUCCACCUCCCUAUGACCUUGGCCUUCAAAACUCACCCCCUCCACCACCUCCCUUUGGCGCUACCCUUCAAAACUCACCCCCACCACCUUCCUAUGUCCUUGGCCUUCACAACUCACCCCCUCCACCACAUUCCUAUGACCCUGGCCUUCAAAACUCAGCCCCUCCACCACCGUCCUAUGACCCUGGCCUUCAAACCUCACCCCCUCCACCACCGUCCUAUGACCCUGGCCUUCAAAACUCACCCCCUCCACCACCGUUCUAUGACCAUGUCCUUCAAAACUCACCCCCUCCGCCACCUUCCUAUUACCCUGGCCUUCAAAACUCACCUCCUCCACCUGCUCAAAACUCCCCAACAUUACCAAACCUAAGUCCUCAUUUUUACCAGCCCUCCGAUGAGGGCUGUUUGAUGUUGUGCAGGGAUACUUGCUCGAACAGCGACGUGGACUGUUUAAGGGGAUGUUCGUCUUUGUGCAGGGGCCCUAAUCCUAAGCCUAUAAAUUUUGAUAAGUGUACACUUCCCCGCAAGCAUCCCAUGCCCUAUACCGCUGCUGGUUUUGAAAAAUGGACGCGCGAUAGACUUCAUGAUCUGCCGUAA